AUGGUGUCCAACAACACAGCAGCCUUCUCCUCUGGUUGUGCAUCUAUCAACCCUGUGACAGCAGAUAUGGCUGUCUCCUACCUUUACUUGUUCAUGUUCCCUAUUGCACUAUUGCUGAAUGGGGUAGCAGCAUGGGUGUCUUUGCACCUCCGGUCCACAUCCACAUUCAUAGUGUAUCUGAAAAACCUGGUAGCUGCUGACCUGCUGAUGACCCUGACGCUCCCGAGUUCGGCUGGAGUGACUCUCAACACAUUUGUGGUUCUAUCUAUGGAGAGUCUCUUUUGGCUUGUCAGCAUAGUGAUUGUGUUUUGCUACAUCUGCAUCACCCUGAAAGUCCUGCAGUCCUUCAGAAACUCUGGGAGCAACAACAGCCACGGAAAGACGAAGACCAAGCUGCGAGUCUUCCUGAUCCUUCUUGUGUUUUUCGUGUGUUUUGUGCCUCUUCACGUUUUGCGUGUUCCGGUAACAAUGGAUGAAGAAAUUGAUGACUGUGUUAAAAUGUGGGUGACGAUUAUCCAUAAAUUGUUCCUGUGGGUCUCUGCUACUAAUUCCUGCCUGGACCCUCUUCUGUACAUCUGCCUGUGCAGGGAGUACAGAGAGAAGCUGGUUGAACUGAUGAAAGCUCGAGGAAAUCUGUCUUUGUUGCUGAAUGGUGUGGCAGCCUGGGUGUCUCUGCACCUCAAGUCCACCUCUAACUUUGUGGUGUAUCUGAAGAAUCUGGUGGCUGCUGACAUUAUUAUGACCUUAAUCACGCCAAUCAAAGCUGCACGAGACUUGCAGGAUAAUGCUUUCUUCUGGAUUGUCAGUGUGGUCCUUGCUGUUUGCUACAUCUCCAUUGCAAACAAGGUAAUCCAGUCUUUUCGGAACUCUGGCAGCAGCAACAACCAGGGACAGAAGAAGAUCAAACUCCGUGUAUUUCUAGUUGUUGUUGUGUUUUUUGUGUCAUUUGGACCAUACCAUAUUGUAAGGAUCCCUUACACUUUCCAACAAGUUAACUAUUCUUCUUUUACCGUCUGCAAUAUUUUAAGCAGUAAGUUUACCAAGGAAAUCAGCCUCUGGCUUGCCAGCACAAACAUCUGCGUGGUCCCAAUUCUCUAUGUGUUUCUGUGUCGGGAGUUCAAGGAGAAACUGGUUUCUAUGAUAACAAAUGUGUCCAUCUCAUUCAAAGCCUCAGCAGACAAAGCUAAAGGCAUUACACCACAAAGGUCAUGA